AUGGCAGUGGCCCGGGGAGUCGGAAGCCCGGAGCCAGCGCGGCCGCUGCUAUAUAAGUGGGGGGGCCGCGGAGCGGGGGAGCCCGGCUGCGCUUUGGAGAAGCGAGGAGCCGCCGCCCGAGGCCGGUCCCGGCGAGCAAGGGCGCCUCGGCCCCCGGACCCAUUUCCCAGAGGUGAGCGCCUGGAGCCAGGAGCCCGGGUGCUUGGGUCUGUGAGGCGCAGGGCACCCCAACUGCUGGCCUCCCCGUCACCCGCUCGCAGCCAAGCUCAGCGGGCGAGGCCCCCGGCGCCCCGCAGCCGCCGCCGCGCCAUGCUCCACCUUAGCGAGUUUUCCGGCCCCGACGCGCUCCUGGUCAAGUCCACCGAGGGCUGUUGCGCGGAACCCAGCACCGAAUUGUCCCGGCUGCCCGGCAGGGACGCGCCGGCUACUGCCGGCUACCCUGGAGCAGGCGACUUCUUGAGCUGGGCUUUGAGCAGCUGCGGCGCCGGGGGGGACUUAGCCGAUUCCUGCUUCCUGGAGGGGCCUGCACCCACGCCCCCUCCUGGCCUCAGCUACAGCGGUAGCUUCUUCAUCCAAGCAGUACCCGAACACCCGCACGACCCGGAGGCACUCUUCAACCUCAUGUCGGGCAUCCUGGGUCUGGCACCUUUCCCCGGCCCUGAGGCGGCAGCAUCCCGGUCUCCGCUGGACGCCUCUUUUCCCGCAGGCCCCGACGCCUUGCUGCCGGGUCCACCGGACCUUUACUCCCCGGAUCUGGGCGCUGCCGCCUUCCCAGACGCGUUCUGGGAGGUCUCACCCUCGGCGGGCGCCCCCUCACACUGCCUGUAUGAGCCUCAGCUCUCCCCGCCCGACGUCAAGCCAGGCCUCCGGGCGCCUCCGGCCUCUCCCGCGCUGGACACUGCCUCGGCCUUCAAAGGCCCCUACGCUUCCUGGGAGCUGCUCUCAGCUGGAGCCCCAGGGAGCUGUGGGUCACAGGGAGGUUACCAGGCCGCCCCCGACGCCCGUUUCCCCUCGAUGGGGGCCAAGAUUGAAGACCUGCUGUCCAUCAGCUGCCCAGCGGAGCUGCCGGCCGGUCCCGCCAACAGACUCUACCCCACGGGGUCUUACGACGCUUUCCCGUUGGCCGCAGGUGACUUAGGGGAGGUGGCCGAGGGCCUCCCGGGUCUCCUGACCCCUCCUAGUGGGGAUGGGGGGAGUAGCGGCGACGGCGGAGAGUUUCUGGCCGGUACUCAGGCUCAGGUUUCUCCCCUGGGUCUCCGCAGCACCGCGGCGGACUUCCCGAAACCUCUGGUGGCAGACAUCCCUGGGAGCAGUGGCGUGCCUGAGCCUCCCGGGCCACCGCCGCCGGCCCCAUUCCCCCCCACCAAGGCGCGGCGCAAGGGGCGCCGGGGCGGCAAGUGCAGCGCGCGUUGCUUCUGCCCGCGGCCGCAUGCCAAGGCCUUUGCUUGCCCAGUGGAGAGCUGUGUGCGCAGCUUUGCGCGCUCCGACGAGCUCAACCGCCACCUGCGCAUCCACACGGGCCACAAGCCCUUCCAGUGCCGCAUCUGCCUCCGCAACUUCAGCCGAAGCGACCACCUUACCACACACGUGCGCACUCACACGGGUGAGAAACCCUUUGCCUGCGACGUGUGCGGCCGCCGCUUCGCGCGCAGUGAUGAGAAGAAAAGGCACAGCAAGGUGCACCUCAAGCAGAAGGCGCGCGCCGAGGAGCGGCUCAAGGGCCUUGGCUUUUACUCUUUGGGCCUCUCUUUCGCCGCCCUGUGA